AUGCGCGACAUGCCCUCCAAGUUCGUCGAGAUCCUCAACCCCGCCGAUGCCAACCUGCGCAUCUCCGAAUCCGACGUCCGCCUGGAAGAUGUCCUCGCCGACCAUGAAGCUAUCGUCACUCGGCCGCGCUCCUCCACCAAGACCAGUGACCGACCAGACCGCGAUAAUUCCUCCUCGCCGUCGCACCGAUGGAAAAGACUCAGCACGAUGCUGACCGCGCCGCGGCGGUCAUCAACCUGA